AUGUCAGAAGACAAAGAAUUAAUCGAUGUUGAUGUUGGAUUGGAUCAAGAACAAUCAACUGAAGAAAGAUUAGAAGCUGCUCGUAGAAGAUUUGAAGAAUUAAAAAAGAAGAAACUUAAAAAACACAAAAAUAAAGCAAAAGUAUUAGGAACAACAGGAAGAGUUAGUUUAGAUAGUAAAGACAGUGGUAGUAUAUCCAUUGAAGGUACUCCUGAUCUAGAAGGGAGGAGUUCGGUAGAUUAUCAAUUGUCUAAUUAUGAAAGUAGAAGUUCUGUAUCAAAAGAAGGAUCCGUUGGUACUCCUGUUCCUGUUCCCGCUGCUGGUCAGCUCCCUAUAAGUAGUAGUAGUCCUGAUGUUGUGGAACAAGUAGCAGAUAUAACCUUAACACCACCACAACAAGCAGUUGAACAAACACCUGGAAUUGAUGUUGCUUACCUUAAUUUUCUAUUGAUUUCUGAUUUGGAAAUAGAUAAUAAGAAUUUAUCAGCAUUGACUAAAUCAACUACCACUGCAGCUACUCCUGCUGCUCCAAUUACACAGAUUCCAGUAUUAUAUCAACCUCCUUCGGCUCCAACAGUUGUAAAACCCGCAAAGCCUACUGUUAGAUCUUUACUUAUACGGAGACAGAGUGUUGUCUCAGAAUCAUUUAAGGGAGCAACGGAAGAUUUCAGAGAGAAACUUAUGAUUUGGAAAGGUUGGCAAGUGGAUAUGACCAAUUGGGAAGGUUCAGGUGCUCAGAAAGUAGCUAUUUAA